AUGGCAGCGCUCGAAAACAAUACCGUAUAUAUGACUCUCGACUCAAGAGGAGUCCCUGGAACUUUUCACUGGGGAGUAUUCGUGACAUCGUCAACCGAAGGUCGAUAUUACCAUGCCACCAAUAGCUCUGGUGGGUGGCAAUUAGAAGUCAGACCGACUUCGAGUAUUAUGUCCUCCUCGACUCUGGUACUUGCCUAUAAGAUCGGGCAGGUAUCGUCACAAAGCCAGAUAGACCAGGUCCUGCGGGACGUGCCAGCAGAUGGUUCUCCAUCGCUCCGAACUGGAGAGGCAUUCACCUGCAGAAUCUGGGCUAAAGAUGCAGUCAUGGCACUCUAUAAUAACCGCCUUCUCGAUUUGAGUGCGGAUAUCGAUACCCUCGAGAGAGAAGCCAUUCGUCUCGUAACUAAAUUCGAGCCUGAUGUUGAGCGAGGUGUACGCCAAGCUACAGUUAUGGAUAGCACCUCCUCAUCCUCGUCCUCCUAG